AUGACCUUCCAGGCCCCACCCACACUCCUACAGCUGGGAGUGCAGAGCCUGGUGAGGAAUGAGGCCUUGACCAUCUCUACUCUGCAGGACCUGCCAAUGCUGCUCUUUCCCCCACUGUUCAAGGAGGCCGACACUCAGAGACGAAAAAAGAUAAUUAAGGCUCUGGUGACAGACUGGCCCUACCCCUGCCUUCCUGCUGGGUUUCUGAUGAACAACCCCAACCUGGAGAUCUAUCAGGCUAUGCUAGAUGGAGUAGACACAUGGCUGCGACGGAGGUUUCGCCCCAGAUGCAGCCACAGAAGAAUGACCCUGUGCCUGUGUCUUCACUGGAUAGUAGAAAUAGGAGCCGACAGAAGUCCAGAGCAACUGAAUGAAAGAACAGGAUGGGCCUUCAGGUGCAGCUCAGGCAAACCAGAGUUCAUCAAGGAGUUGGAACUGAAUACAGUGUGCAAUCUCUCCACGCUGGCACAUUUUGUUCCUUACAUCAGCAAGAUGAGCCAUCUUCACAAAGUCAUGGUCAUCCGCAUCUUCAGAGGAAGCAUUACCACUGCCAUGGAAGACAAGUGGAUCACCAAGAUCAUGUCUGUGUUCUCCAAGCUCAGCUGUCUCCAACAUCUUAGCCUGGAUGAUGUCUAUUUCGUCAAUGACCACAUGAAACUCUUGCUUAGGUGCCUGAAGACGCCCUUGGAGUCCCUGUCCAUCUCCCUCUGCCAGUUCUCACAGUCAGACUUGGAUUCCUUUGCCCAGUGGACUCACUGUCAGCUUAAACAUCUGUACUUGAGGGGGGUCAUUUUAAGUAAUUUGAAUUUCUUGCCUCUCAGAUUUUUCUUAGAGAGUGUUGCGUGCACUCUGAAGACCCUGAAACUGAAAGAUUGUAGAAUGAAGGACCCUGACCUCAGGGUCCUUCUCCCUGCCCUGAGCCAAUGUUCCCAGCUCACCAGCAUCAACUUCUAUGAUAAUGACUUCUCAAUCGACGUCCUGAAAGAACUUCUCCACCACACUGCCAACCUAGGCCAGCUGACCAAGGAGCUAUACCCUGCUCCCAAGGAGGUCUACAAUCACUUGGGUUAUAUCAAUGUAGAGGAAUUUUCCCAGUGUUGUGCUGAGCUGAAGAACACAAUCGUCACAGAAAGGCAGUUCACGUCUAUCUGCUUUGGUAGCAGUGCCUGUUAUGACUGUGGUAAGCGUUACAUCUUUGAACUGGAGACCACACUUUGCGAUUGUUGA